AUGAAUGCAAAUGCAGCCAAUGCUUUGACUCAAACAGCCAAGCAAGUCGCAAUUUCACCAGGUUCCUAUAUGUGGUAUUUGGAGUAUCUUCCACCAACUUACUCUGCGACAGGACCAAAUAAAUCUCCAGUCCUUAUUUUCUUACAUGGUGUUGGGCAAAAUGGAGACGGAUCACAAGGUGCCCUUCAAAUGCUUAAGGAUGCUGCAGGUUCUCCUCCAUACAUGAUCGACAAGAAUACAUGGCCAACUACUUUCUCUUUCAUUGUAAUAUCACCACAAACCUGGGGUUGGUGGGAUUCACCAAAAACUGUUCCAUUAAUUAAUCAAAUUGGAGCUUUAUAUCCAGGUGCCGAUAUUACAAGAGUCUACUUAACUGGUCUUUCCAUGGGUGGAGCAGGAGUUUAUGAUACCAUGCGUCAAAGUAAAGCUGUUUGUGAUAAGUUGGCUGCGGUUAUUCCCAUUUGUGGUGCUCAAGGUUUUGGUGCCAACGAUUGGAUUGGUCCAGUUACAUCAGGAUUGCCAGUGUGGGCUUUCCAUAACUCUAAUGACCCGACGGUCUCUGUUUGGAAUUCUAGAAACUGGGUAAAUGGUUUGAAUGCUCAAAAUAUUUGUCCAGUUGCUAAAUAUACAGAAUAUGUUGCUUCUUCUCAUGAUGCUUGGACUAAAACUUAUGAUUAUCAUAGUGGUGGAACUACUUCUACCACAGGAACACCAUCAACCACUGCACCAUCAACUACAACCACAACCACAGGAACACCAUCAACCACUACACCAUCAACUACAACCACAACCACAGGAACACCAUCUACCACUACACCAUCGACUACAACCACAACCACAGGAACACCAUCAACCACUACACCAUCUACUACAACCACAACCACAGGAACACCAUCUACUACUGCACCAUCUACCACUGGAACUCAAACACCAACCCCAACAUCAACUCCAGCUCCAGGAGUUUUCCAAAGAAAGUGGACUACUCCAGCCUCUCCAUUUGGUUUCUGGGAGUACAGACCAUCAACCACUCCAACACCAGGUAUUGGAUAUCCAUUAAUUAUCCAUCUUCAUGGAGCUGACGGUGAGGGUACUGGUAGUUCCACUGAUUUGAACAAAGCAGUUCAGACUUCAUUACCAAAGUACAUUAGAACUGGUGAAUGGCCAACUACCUAUCCUUUCUUGGUACUUUGUCCACAAAACAAUGGUAUUUGGGAUGCCGGAGUAAGCAAUGUAAUCAACACCUUGCUUGAUCUCUACUCGCCAGAGGUUGACCCAACUAGAAUUUAUUUGGUAGGUCAAGGUCGUGGUGCUCUUGGUGUAGUUCAAUAUUUGAAGAGCAAUGCUACUCGUAUCGAUAGAACUGCAGCAAUCUUCAAUGUUAGAGUUUACACUGAUGCUCAUAACGCUACCAUUGAUCUCAUGGUCAAUGAUCACCUUCCAACAUGGUGGUUAACCAACAACGAUGAUCCAAACUCUGAUCCAAUCAUGACAAAGAACUGGGCUAACUUCUUAAAUGCACGUGGUGCCAACCCAGCUGCAAGACUAACUAUUAACCCAUCUGGUGGUGCUGACUCAUACACACCAGCAUUCAACCCUGCCAACGCUGACCCAAACAAUGUUUACAAUUGGCUUCUAUCAAAGACCAAUGUUAGAUAA